CUGACUCCGGAGAUCGAAGGGAAAGCUCCCAUGGGAUCAGAGCAGGUGGAAAUGCGCAAAAGGCAGACCUCUGCAUCUCAGGAGAUACCAGGUUCCCUACUUGCCCAGUCUGGGGUAGAGACUCAAGGCUCCAAUCCCUGUUGCUUCUGCUGGUGCUGCUGUUGCAGUUGUUCCUGUCUUACUGUUAGGAAUCAAGAUGAAAGAGCAGCAGCACAUGAAAUUGGUUCAGAAAUGAUUCCAUACUGUGAACAAAGCUCAACACAUAGUUUGGAAGAAGCAAGUGCUUGGAGGCAUUCCUUUGAUAAACUGAUGGCAACACCUUCAGGUCGAAAUGCUUUCAGAGAAUUCCUUCGGACAGAAUACAGUGAAGAAAACAUGCUUUUCUGGUUGGCCUGUGAGGACUUAAAACAGGAAUCCAACAAGAGUGUAAUUGAGGAAAAAGUCAGGCGAAUAUAUGAAGAUUAUGUUUCUAUUCUUUCUCCAAGAGAGGUCAGUCUGGAUUCCAGGGCAAGAGGAAUUAUUAACCGGAACAUAAUGGAACCAUCAAUACAUACUUUUGAUGAAGCACAAUUCCAAGUUUAUAUGUUGAUGCUCAGAGAUUCCUAUCCUCGGUUUGUGAACUCUGCUAUUUACAAAGACUUAGUUGUGGCACAUUUUCAAACACCUGCUGAAUCGUAGAAUUUAAAUGAAUUAUUUUGCAUCUAACUACCUACCUACACAAAUAAAACUUUGGUCUAUCAUCCAUUAAUAUGGGAUUUAGAAUCAACAAGCCGAUUACGUAACAGUAAUUCAGUAACAAGUGUAUCUACAAUAUCCUACUGUUACUGCAAUGGUAACAGUGUUCCAAAGUUUACAAAUUCUAAAAUUUCACAUUAUUUCCUGAAUUUUAAGUAGUUCUGCCUAAAUUAUACAUGCUGAUGGAAGAUAUAUAAGAAAAGUUAACAGCAGGAACAUAUACUGCAGUAAAAUUCAGAAAUGCAUACAGCUUUUAAAUAACAAUUCUAUGAUCUAUCUGGAGUACUUCACUAUCCAGGUGUCCUGACAGUGAAAGACUGGAACACUCUUCCCAGUGUUUUUAUUUUAAAAAUUAAUUAUUAUGUUUGAUCCAAGUUUUCUCCUGCAUCAGGGUAUGGCAAAGAAUAAAGGAACUACUUGAUCAAACAGGUGGCAGUUCUUUCUAUUCUGCUCAUUGUAUAAUCCAUACUACGUCACUGAUAAGAUCUUUCAAAUAUUAAAGCAACUCAUAUCAGAGCUGUUACAAAGUUGUAAGGAAAAAUCUGAUGUUGAACUUUGUCCUCCAGAGUCUUAUCACUGAUCUUGGACAACAAAAUCCAAGAAAUCUUAUGGCUGUUGAGUUCUGUCAGUCAGGAUCUCUGAUUUUAGCCAAACCUACUUAAAACUUACCUAAAAUAAAACAUUUUAAGUUUAAUUCGUAUAACAAUAAUGCUUGCUUGCUGAAAGCUUACCAAAAUUGGAAUUUUUGAACAAGCCUAAAAGGAUUUCUAUGAAUUCUGAAACUUUUUCUCAGUAAAACUUACUUGAAAUGAUUACUUUGCACUGUACUAAGCAAAUAUUUGCUUUGAUAUUGAAAUAUUCACAUGAUAAUCCCAAAGGUGCUUUUUUCAAAAGGCAACU